AUGACGUACAGUCUUCUGAGUCUCCGCAAGUUCCGCUACAAACUACACCCGUUGCGAGUCUUCAAACUGCUCUUCCUUGUCAUUUUUCUGUCCCUCUUCCUCGCCAUUCUGAUUGUGCCGAAGUUCCUCGAUGAGAAGUGGGUUCAACUUUUCUGAUACUCCUCGUUUUCAUUGACCAACCAUCUUCAGGGAGAAGGUGAAGGUGUUCCAAGCGACCCACACCUUCAUUCAUUCUGCAUACUAUUAUCCGACUUCGAAAUCGUAAGUCCCAUUGAAUAAAUGCCCCUAAUGAUAUCUGUUUCUAGACUCGGUCGAAAUGCAGUGGCCCUCGUUACCACUAUGAACAAAAGAACGGUUUCGAAUAUAACAGAGUACACAAUCAAUCUGAUCGGAACGAACCGAACGGACCGAUGGCUCAAGAAGGCAACAUUGACGACGUGGAAUUACUCAGUAUUAUUCAGAAUACUGUUAAAAUACACAUUUUCAGAGAGCACUUGCUCGACGACCGAUGCGAUUAUUCUCUGAUCACCGCUCAGACGAAUCUUGUUGACAACAUGGCGAUGCUGGAAAUCGAGGCGGAAGGAGUUCUGAUGAAAGUUCCGAUGAAAACGCCGAAAUAUUCCGCUCCAAAACCUGUCGUUUUCUGUGUUUCUCCUCAGUUUGCCGCCGAACAAUGGCAGACUUUCCUGGUUCAACUUCAUGUUUCCAAAAGGUUUUUUGCACAAAAGUUUCAAACUUUCAAUCAUUUGACGUUUCAGGUACGGAGCUCAUCUUCAACUGUACAUUGUUUCCAUGGUAGAAUCCUAUUUCAAAUUGAUCAAAGAGUACGAGAAGAUGGGCUUGGUUUCCAUUGAACCAUGGCUGACUAUCAAGUUCCCAGUGACCGAUGGACCGUAUUUGGAGCCAAAUAGAAAUGUUGAGCUCAGAAAUCAGGCGGCUGCUCACACGGACUGUCUGCUGAUGUACAAAGAAGCCGCGAGUUUCGUCGGAAUUCUCGACAUGGACGAUAUUCUGAUUCCGAACAACGCCAACUCGUACUACGAGGAAUUCGAAAGGGAAUACGCGGGCAGCUGGCUGAUCAGCGCACUUCACUACGAAAAGUUCGACUACAAGACGAUCAAAGUGGCCGAACUCGAGGAGCAGAGCAUAUCGGCGAUUGUCAGAAAUGCGCGACGUCUUCCGACUAAAGAUUCCGGAAAAUCAUUCCUUCGUCCGGAACGAUUCAAUUCCUCGUGGAGUCAUUACUCGAGAAACGCGGACAAUCAGCCGAUCUACCUGACUCCGAAGCAGAAUGAGCCGUUCUUUAUGAAGCUGAAGACGAUGAAGUACAACGGAAUAUUUCAUCUCAAGAAUAUGUACAUGAUAAAUUCGUCGAGAGUGCCGGAGGGUGCGAUUCCGGUGAACCCAGGCGAUAACAUCACUCAAUUGAUCAGUGAGGAACAUCUUCAGGAGAUUGAUGAGGACUUGAAGAGGUUUUGAGGAGCCAAUAGCUGAUAAGAGGAGUAUAAUGAAUGAUAUUUUCAGAGCUCUUGCCACUGAAGGAAUUGCCAAACUGUCGUUGACUCUUCCGAAGGACGACUACUACAUGCCGAUCGUAUUCAAAUGCUACAACGAGUCGUUCUACCACAUCCGUGACACGCAAUGGCUCUACAAUGACGUGUACUGCGUGAAUGCGUACAGUUGUGAGCUUCCCCAGCGGGAAGACGUUCCGUGCGUUCAUUCGGAUGCCACCUACCACUCGGGCCCCAAAAUGUGGCCAAUCACUUUUCAUUACGCGAGUGCUUCUCACUUUUCGAGGGAUAUCGGCUGUUAUCAGUGACCGAGAGGUUCAAUUGUACAAUAAGCUUUAUAGGUCUCAUCAGGUCUCUCUCUCUCUCUCUCUUUCUCUAAAUGCAAUGAAUCCUUUGACCGUGUGCUAGUGCAUCUUGUGUUAGCCAAAUCAGGUCUUAUCGUCCUGUCUAUAUCUUUCCAACCCAUUUCCUCGAAAUGUUGCUAAAAAACAUUGGCAAGACUGUUCGUCUGUCUGUCCACAGUUCCGCUCUCAUUUUUGCCGCCUUUCCUAGUCUCUCCGAUCUCAUCUAGAUCCGAAUCUCCCACAGGCACCUGUUUUCUUUUGUCUCUUUCUGGACCGUUCAAUUUUUAUCUCGCCUCACUCAAUUCUUGUUUCUUUCACUCACAGCCGAAAUGGCGAAGCUGCACAACUGGAAGAAGAUGGCCUCACGGCUCCGGCUGCCCUGGACCAAGAUUCUGGCCGGAAUCGCUGUGCUCGGGGUGCUCAGUCUCUACUGGUUUGGCGGCGAUUCGCCGGAUCCAUUCUACGAAGAGAUGAACCAUCUCGAGCUGAAGGACACCCACGCAUUCAUCCAUUCGGCGUACUACUUUCCCAACUCUAAGUCGUAAGUCUAUACUAUACAAAAAAUAACUCUAGAACAUAUGAAAUUAUUGCAGACUUGGUAAGAGCGCCGUCGCCAUCGUUGCCACAAUGAGCAAGAAGUCGGUGGUUGAUCUGAACAAGUAUCAGGUUAGAAUUGUGGGGACCAACAGCACCGACCGAUUUGUCACCGAAGCCAAAUUGAGCACGUGAGUCGUCUUGUGAGCGAUUUCUUUGCUAACACAUGGAAAAUUCAGUGAGCACAAUCCAGACGAUGGCUGCGAGUACAGCACUGUGCUCAUUCAGACGAAUUCUUUGAAGUACAUGUCAAAACUCGAGAUUGAGACCAGAGACGGCCUUUUCACUGUAAGUCAGAUCUGCUCAGCUUCUUCUUUCUUUUCCCGCACCGUAAAACAUUUCAGCUGCCCAUCUUGAAGCCGAAAAAAGAGGCUCCGAAACCAGUCGUCUUUUGCGUCGCCCCACUCUUCGCCGCUGAGCAAUGGCAGUCUCUUCUGAUGCAACUCCACGUGGCCAACAAGUUCGGAGCCCAUCUCCACGUGUACAUGACCACUCUCGUUGAAUACUACUAUCAGUUGCUCCUCGAGCUGAACGAACUCGAGCUUCUGACUGCUCAGCCGUGGCUGACUAUCAAGUUUUCGCAAGUUCUGAAGCCAUACGUGGAACCGAACAGAAAUCUGGAGCUGAGAAAUCCGGCAGCCGCCUACACGGACUGCUUGCUUCAGUACAAAGAAGCGGCGCAGUUUGUCGGGUUCUUGGAGGUUGAGGACCUGUUGUUCCCAUUAAACGCCAACACUUAUUACGAGGAAUUCGAGAGAGAAUACGAGGGAAGUUACGACAUAAGUGCACUGUAUUAUCAAGUUUUGGAGCAGCAAUCUGUUAAAUGUACUAUAUUCAUACUCUUAAAGCUGUUCACCUAAUUCUCAAUUCUUCUAGCUAGUUCUCCGUAUCAACAAAGCCUUGGCCGGAUGCUCGAAAGCGCCAGCACAGUUGAAACGGCAAAGAAGGGAAGAGCAGUUGUUCGUCCGGAAAGGUACAAUUCCACGUGGACGCACUAUUCGACCCAAGCGGAAAAACAGCCGAUUUACCUGACUGAGAAGCAGGAAGAUCCACAUUUCAUGAACCGGAAAGAGAUAAAGUCGAAUGUAGUAAUGCGGUUCAGGAAAUUGAAAACUGUGAGGGAAAAUACCUACGGGGCGAAGGAUCUUUGACCUCAUACGUUUAAGGUGGAAGUGGAGAUGCAACUUGAAAAUGGAACUGACAGCAGCUUCUCGUCAAUUCCGAUGAAUCCAGUGAGCACAGAUCAGAAGCUGUUGACUGAUGAACAUCUGAGAGCGAUCGAGGCGGACAUCAGAAGGUUUAUUCUUUUGAUUUUCUAUCAAAACUUCAUCGAAAUGUUUCAUUUUCAGAACAAUGAAACUGCCGUCGCUCCAAAAAGUGAUCAAACAUCUUCCGACGACCGAAUACUACUCUCGUUACCUCGAAGACUGCAUUUCUGGACAGAGCACUGGCAAGAAGCAUUGUGUGAGCACAAAAGGAUGCAAUGUCAGUUUGGACUGAAACUUUUCUCGUUAGAACAAAUGAAUUCAAACAUUUCAGUUGCCGAACAACGCAUCAAUUCCAUGCAGGCACUCGGAUGGACUGUAUCACUCGGGCCGCAAAAUGAGACCAUUCACCUAUCAUUUCGCAACGGAACCAUAUUUCACUAGGAACUUAGGAUGUUACCAGUAG